CACUCCGAAAUGAGGGUCGUUAUCGCCGUCGGUACUGACAGCACAAAAUCACAUACAUAAAACGAUGGUGUUACCUUCCGGAGGCAAGAUGGAUACAAAUAAUGCCAGAUAUACGUACGCAUCAGCCUCUUGUAUUAGCAGUCACACUCCUUCAAAUCUCGUCCACAGCUUUCAAACAUGGAUCGUCCCUUGUCUCCGGCAGCCUCGACACUGUUUGACGGGGGCGCAGUGAUCAACCUCUGAGCCGUGCAGGGAGGGGGCGAUACAUCCUAUUUGCUGAGAAUGGGACUCCGUCGCGGAACACGAUCACAUCGUCCUCGUCAUCCUCGUCAGACUCGACGACGUCAUCGACGUCUCUGCCUG